UGCUAAGAUGGGGAGACCCGUGCAGGAUGUUGUAGCAGAGUGGUUCAGGCUUUUCAAUGAUAGACAAAUCGACCGUUCUCGAAUGCCACUCAAUCAUGCUGAGUCCAUAACUGCAUCAACACAUGUUUGCAAUGAGUGUUAUAAUAAGCUGGUGGGGUUCCUUUUAUACUGGUUCCGGGUGACGCUUACCGUAGAUCAUUUUCCUGCUGAUGCAGCAGCGAGAGAAAAUUGUUGGUACGGAUAUGCGUGUAGGACACAGCACCACAACGAAGAACAUGCUCGUAAACGUAACCAUGUGUGUCGUCCUACCAGAGGGAACCAUCCCUCUUAGAGCAUCUC